CGGCAGAGCCAGUGGCGCUCCGAGCUCGCAGAGCGGCCAGCGCUUCCCUGCGCCCGCGCCCGCCGCCCGUGCCCACCGCGCCCUCCGCACCAUGGCCGCGCUCCAGCCCCGGCCCGCGCCGCGGGCGCUGCUCCUGUUGCAGCUGCUGCUGCUGCUGCUGCUGCUGCUACCGAUCAGCCCGGUGCGCGCCCGCAGUGAGCCCACCCACUCUCAGGUGUUCGGGGACACGGAGCCAGUGCGCAUGACCUCCGAGGGUUCGGACUGCCGCUGCAAGUGCAUCCUGCGGCCGCUGAGCAAGGACGCCUGCAGCCGGGUGCGCGGCGGGCGAGCGCGGGCCGAGGACGCCUUCGCAGUAGAGACGGUGAGUGCGGGCAGCGACUGCCGCUGCUCCUGCACCGCCCCACCCGCCUCGCUCAACCCCUGCGAGCACGAGUGGAAGAUGGAGAAGCUCAGGAAGCAGGCGCCCGAGCUGCUCAAGCUGCAGUCUAUGGUGGACCUCCUGGAAGGUGCCCUGUACAGCGUGGACCUGAUGAAAGUGCACGCUUACAUCCACAAGGUGGCCUCCCAGAUGAACACGCUGGAGGAGAGCAUCAAGGCCAACCUGAGCCGGGAGAAUGAGGUGGUGAAGGAGAGUGUGCGCCACCUCAGUGAGCAACUCCUGAGCUACGAGAAGCACUCGGCUGAGGUGCUGAAGCUGCAGAAGGAGCUGUCCAGCCUGGGCCUGCAGCUGCUGCAGAGGGAUGGAGCCGCCGACCCCACCACCCCGGCCACUGGCCCGGGCAGCAGGGCUCAGUCGGAAACCUCCCACCUUGCCCAGAACACAGUUGAACGGAGAGCCAAGGAUGCCAACAAAUACAACGUGCAGAGCAACCUUUCGGAUAAGGGUCGCCCCAAACCGCCCAAGGAGAAGCUGCUGUCCGUGGAGAAGCUGAGGAAGGAAGGCACCAAGGGCCGGCUGCCCCUGCCCACGCCCAGGCCCCGCUCCCUGGCACAUCAGCAGGCGCUCAUCCGGGGCUUCACCUAUUACAAGGCGGGCCGGAGGGAGGCACCUGUGGCCAUGGCAGACAACACCCUCAGAGGCACCUCAUGGCUGGAGCAGCCGCCACCCAAAAUGGAGAGCAGGUCCCCCGAGCCCAACUCCACCAACGAGGCUGUACCCAAAGCUUCAGAGGAUGCCAACCUGGGCCCUGGCACCCCCAGCUCUGUCCCGACUACUACAGCCACCCCCACCCCGACACCUACCACCCGUCCCCUGCCCAGCGAGCCACCCACACGCCUUGAAGUCCUCAGCCAAGGCAAGGAGGCCAGCUGCGAGGGCACCCUCCGGGCCGUGGAUCCCCCAGUGAGGCACCAUAGCUAUGGGCGCCACGAGGGUGCUUGGAUGAAGGACCCUGCGUCUCAGGACGACAGGAUCUAUGUCACCAACUACUACUACGGGAACAGCCUGGUGGAGUUCCGCAACCUGGAGAACUUCAAGCAAGGCCGCUGGAGUAACAUGUACAAGCUGCCCUACAACUGGAUCGGCACGGGCCAUGUGGUCUACCGCGGCGCCUUCUACUACAACCGCGCCUUCACCAAGAACAUCAUCAAGUACGACCUGCGCCAGCGCUUCGUGGCCUCCUGGGCCCUGCUGCCCGACGUGGUGUACGAGGACACCACCCCCUGGAAGUGGCGUGGCCACUCCGACAUCGACUUCGCCGUGGAUGAGAGUGGCCUGUGGGUCAUCUACCCCGUCGUGGACGACCACGAUGAUGCCCAGGCCGAGGUGAUCGUGCUGAGCCGCCUGGACCCCGGCGACCUCUCCGUGCAUCGGGAGACCACGUGGAAGACGCGGCUGAGGCGGAGCUCGUAUGGGAACUGCUUCCUGGUGUGCGGCAUCCUGUACGCGGUGGACACCUACAACCAGCACGAGGGCCAGGUGGCCUACGCCUUUGACACCCACACGGGCACCGACGCGCGUCCCCAGCUGCCCUUCCGCAAUGAGCAUGCCUACACCACCCAGAUCGACUACAACCCCCGGGAGCGCGUGCUCUACGCCUGGGACAACGGGCACCAGCUCACCUAUGCCCUCCACUUCGUGGUCUGAGCGCCAGAGGCCAGGGCGGGGUGAGGGCCGGGCCCUAGCAGCUCCUGCAGCCGCGUCAGCAAGUAUUUAUUGGGGUGUCCGGGGCUGGGUGGUAGGGCUGUGACGGUAGCUGAAUAGCGCUUCCUUAGUACCCAGGGGAUGGUACUGGCUUCUCCCUGCAAAGCAGCAAGCUUUCUGUGCGAUCACCCCUUUAGCACCCCUGCACCUCCCUUGGAGGUGGAAAUGUAGCUCAUUUACAGCCAGGUGGUGCUCUCUUGUAAUCUCAGCACUCUGGAGGCUGAGGCAGGAGGAUUGAUGCAAAUCUGAGGCCAGCCUGGGCUACAUAGCGAGACUCUGUCUCAAAAAGAACAAAAACCAAAAAUACACACACCAAAAAACAGAUGAAGAGAGUGAGGUCCAGAGGGGCCAACUGUGUGCUCAUUUCACAGAUGGGUAGACCGAGCCUCGCUCUUGCCCUUUUCCCCUGCCUGCCUUCUCUCAGCUUUCUGCCUUCUCAGGACUACUCAAAGCCCAAGGCCCUUGGGGCCAAUGCACUGGUUUUAUGUCACCCCAGGCUCCUGUUCUCUUGUUUCUGGUUUUGAGACAGGGUCUCACUAUGUAGCCCAGGCUAGUAUCAGACAGCAGUCCUCCUGCCUCAUCCUCCAGAGUGCUGGGGUUACAGGUGUGUGCCACCGAGCGCAGCCACCAGGCCACUUUUCUGGCUGAGCUGAUGGUGGCCUUGGGCUUCAGGCCUCGUGGCCGGUAUCCCUGUUUCUUGCCUUGGAUCAGCCCUGUGCCCCACCCGCCCCCUCCGGCCACAUUCCAAACAUCCACCGUCACCUCGCCACUGAGAGAAGCCACACCCAGAGAGAAGCUGGCCCGAAUUCCAGGCCCUCCCUCUGUCCCCAUCCAAGUGUCCCCUUGUGUUUCUCAGUGCCGUCAUCUGAUGUGCUGCAGCUGAGGCUGCUGAGGCAGCUGCUCGCCAAUAGCAGCUCUGCCCGGGUGUGGCGCUUUGGCCGAAAACCCAGGCCUGGUGCCUCCCAGAGCCUUCAGCCGGGGGUCCUUUCUCUGAGACUCCAAAGCCCCACGGAUACACUCAGGGACAUCUCAGGUCUGCUGCCAGCAAGGCCUCGGCCCCAGGCAGAGCUGAGAAAUGCAGAGAACGGGCAGGGAGUGAGGCGUGACUGAGUCCUGGCUGUGAGACUUUGGUGCCAGGGCUGCCAAGCUGGGGACACCGGCUGAGGAGGCACAGGAAGGAUCACCUGGCCGGGUGCUGCCCGUGGCUCCCCAGAGCCUCAGAACCAGGCAGGUGGCCCAGGACACUGCUCAAGCCUGCCCUCCUCCAUAUUAGAGCUGGAGAGGCUCUGGAGCUGAUUUCACUUUCCCAAAGAGAAAACAGGCCCAAAAAGGUGCAGAGCACGGUUCAGAGGCAUGCAGGACUCCAGGCCCACCAGAUCUCCUUACGGAAGGGCUUUGGCCCUUUAUUCUCCUGGCUCAGCUCAGAGGCAGCUCCAGCAGUGUAGACAGCCAGCACCAAGCUACUGAACACCAAGCUAGCCAGCACCUUUGAAGGCACCUAUGCAAGUCCUCUGUAGUGGCUCAUAACCAGGUAUCCUAGCACUCAGGAGGCUGAGGCAGGAGGAUCACUGUGAGUCUGAGGCCAGCCUAGGGUGCAUAAGUUUUAAGGCCAGCCUGGACUAUAAAGUGAGACCCUUUCUCAAUAAACAGACAGACCCAGUUACCGAGUUAGGAAAUUCAGCCGCUCGGCUGAGAGGGCAGGGAAUUAUGACUCGCACUGAAUAUGUUUCUUCCAAGCAGUGCUGAGUGACGUUUUGCAUAUGCAGCAAGUCACCCCUGAAACAAAGGGGAGAUGAGGACGCCAGCCCAGCCAGGAAUGGCAACAGCGGACACAGCCAGCCUCCCCGCCCACCUUCAGGGGCUGCAGGUCCGGGCCUGCCCUCAGCAUUGGCAGCAGCCCCCAGAUCCACCCCAGGCAUCCUCUGUUUUCAGGCCUUUGCACUAUGAGGUAACUGCAGUCCUUGGCCACCUUUACGAGGGUCUCACUGGAGCCCAAAAAGUUACCAUUGUCAUGAAGGGAAUUAAGGGCACUGUUAGGUUUCAGAAUCAGAUCAUAGCCCAGUAUGGUGUUCACAGCUAUAAUUCCAGUGAUCAAAAGACUGAGCAGGAAGAUUGUUCCAAAGUUCACGGCUACCCUGGACUGGUGAGUCUGAGGCCAGGCUGAACUACAUAGUGAGAUCUUGUCUCAUUAAAAAAAAGUCAUUAGCUGAGAAGCAACACUGUGCUAAACAAGCUACACACACAUCCUUCUGUCUAUACAGCAGUGAACAGAUGUACUGUGAAUGUACCCAUUUUAUAGAUGAGAACAUGGAGGCAAAGAAACCCAAGAUCACACAGCGACGUAGUCUGCAACAGCGCUGGGAUUUCAGACUAGACAGAGCACAUGCUUUGCCAACUGUAGCCUUUCUGGUGGCAGCUCUGGUAGUAGUGCAUGUUUCUCUUACCUGGUAUGGCCAGGUGAGGAGCCCUAAGAAGACAUCUGGGGCCACCUUGUACAGAGCCUUGAAUGCCAAGCCCAAGAGUGGCCACCUCCAACCAGAACCUUUCCACCUCUACCUCUACCUCCCAUGCCCCUACAAAAUUGGAAACUGAUGUCCUCCAGCCUUUUUGUUUAAACCUAUGCUGGACUUCACUGCAAUUAGCAACAGGCACUGCAAACCAGGUCGGGUCUGGGCAGGGAGGGGCCGGCUGCUCCUACACACUGCAGCUGUGAAGGCGGAGGAGGAAAGGAAGCCGCCUCCUGUGUGGAUUUGUUGAUUAGCCUUUGUGUGGGUGUGUGGUACUUGGGAUUGAACUCAGGAUCUUGUGCAUGCUAGGAAGUGUGGUACCACUGAGCUAUACCUUCAGCCCCCUGUUUGUUUCUUGAGACAGGGGCUCUUUAUGUAGCCCAGGCUGGCCUCAGAUUCAUGGCAUUCCUCUGCCUCAGUUUCCCGAGUGCUAGAAUUACAGGUGUGCACCACCAAAACCCGUAUUUUUGAAAAGUGGAACGAUAUAAGGGAGGUGGCUUUGGCUGCCACCUCGGCCCCAUCCCUCAUCAGGGCUCCCUGGGGGAGGAAACAAGUCUGGGGUGCAGCACGAUAAGCAGCUGGGAACUUGGCCGGGGACGACGUGUGGCCUCCUGAAAGCUGAGUUUUCAAAAACAGCUUUUGCGGCCUUCUGUCCAGCACUAGACAGAAGGACAUGGCACUGCCCCGUCUCUAGCAAGGAGAGUCAAGACGAACAAAACUGGGCUGGGCGUGGUGGUGUACACUGUGACCCCAGCCCUCUGGAGGCUGAGGCAGGAGGAGUACCAGAGUUUAAGGCCAACCUGGGCCACAUAGUGAGUUCAAGCCCAGCCUGAACUGUGUAGGGAGACCCAGUCUCCAACCACCACCACCCCCAAAAAGAAAAAGAUUUGUACCAGGUCUGCUUUCAAAAUUCCAAACUAAUACUUGUUUAGGAAUCUUGUAACUAGUAUUGUUGUCUUCUUGGUUUUGGCUGCUGGAAAGCUCAAAGUCAAAUUUAAAUUCAUUUUUAACAACUGUGCUGUCUCUCCUGGACUUGCUUCUGCUGGCACCUUUGCCCUGAUCUAUUUUUAUUCCAUUGUAUUGUAUCUAUUUUUGUAAAUUGCCACAAUACCUGUCUUGCAACAAGGUGGUAUAUAGCUAAAUAAAAUACAUGAGUCAAA